AUUGGAGCUGCCGUCGAAAAGCAAGUCUCGCGGGGGAAGGUCUAGUGUGGGGAAGGUGGACUGGAUGGCAGGGGGAGGUGAGCGAGGGCGAUGGUGAGGGAUGUGGUGGCGCUUUAAUCGCGAGGGCUCACGGUCGCGUGCUUGGGCCAGCCAUACGGAGCGCACGACGGCCCACAUCGUUUCGCCGUACGAGCCUCUCGCCAACAUGCUCGCAUGGUAGCGCGUGCGGUGGAGUUAAGUAUAGGACCGAUCCGGCAAGGCUAGCGUGAGUUCCUUGGCGAUCGCCCGUCUUCCCCGGCGGCCACGAGCCAUCGCCGCGAUUGGAGCAGGGCAGGGGUUGGGGCGCGCAGGGCAGGGCGGGCGGCGGGGCGCAGACGAGGCGAGGUGGAUGAGGUGCGCGGCUGCCAGGUCGUCCCUCUACGCGCGCGCCCGCUCCUUACCGCUUCCCACACCUCCUCUCCUGCGUCCUCCCGCCCGCUGCUUCCUCGCGGCCCUCCCAGCCUUCGCCAUGCAGUGCGCCGUCCCCCUGCCACUGCUCGGCAACGCUCCGCUCCCCGCGCUCUCCCCGUGCGCCGUGACAUCAACGCCCUCCGCCCCCUCGCCUUGGCCCGCCUUGCUCGCAGGCCCCUCUCGCAGCGUCGCUCACAGCCCUCUCGCUGCCCCUCCUGCUGCUACUGCUGCUGUCUCUGCCGCCCGCACUGCCGACCAUGCCUCUCGUCCCCUCUCCGCGCUCACUGCGCGCCACUGCCUACGUGAGUCGUUCCCGCCAGUCCCGCCCAGUCAUGCCCUCCCUUCCGCUGCCAGUUUUUCCCCUCACGUCCCUGUUCUUGCGCAUGCCCACCGCGCCCCCCCGUCCCCCCUUCCCGCGUGCCUAUCCGCGCAGCACCUUUCCUCCCCACGCGCACAACCUGCCAGCAGCGCUGCACCGCCGUACUCCCCGCGCCAUGUGCAGGCCGCGGCCGUGGGGAGCAGUGAGGGCAAUGGGCAGAGGCAUGCGGGCGCAUGGGAGAGAGGGAGGUGGCCUAGGGGGGAGGGGCAGACGGCGCAGGGUGGUGGCCGGUGGAUGAACGGGCAGCUGGUGGGGGUGGGGUUGGGGUUCGCUCACAUGGCGAAGGGGCAGAUGAGAAGCAGGCAUGUGGUGACGGCGCAGGGGGCUGCUGCAGGCGACAGCGAGCAGGAGGUGCAGCGGCGGCGUGAGCAAGGGCACGCACCGUUGGAUAGGGCUCAAGAAUGGCAGGGGGGUGCAGAGAGGGAGGGCAAGGCGAGAGGCAUGGAUGAGGCGUCAGCCGCAGCAGCAGCAGCAGCGCCAUCGUCGCCUGUAGAGGCGCAGCAGCAGCCGCCGCGGGCAUUGGCAGCAUGGCAGGAGGGCAGUGCAGCAGCUGAGUCCGAGAGUGAGGGAGUGAGCGCAGGAGGUGGGGAGGAGGGGACUGUGGGUGGGGGGGGGGCAGCAGCACGUGUGCAUGCGGAUGUGGCGGCCAAGAUGAGGCACGCUGCUAGACGGGCCCGUCUGGCACGGGGGGGCUCACAUGCGCAUGCGCGCGACAGGGGGAGUGGAGGUUCUGGUGGAGAGACGGACUCUGCAGGGAUGGCCAAGGAGAGAGAAGGGGAGAGAAGCGACGCCGGCUCGCAGAAUGGUGACAGCAGCGGUAGUAGCAGGAGGCAGCGCAGCGGGCGCAGGGUAGAUGGCAGUGCCGCUGGCUCCCAGGCGUCCAUUCUGCCAGGAUCCAGCGUGAGUCGUUACAGGCCUGCUCAGGGCCGCAGCCCAAGAGCGCACAGUCAAGAGGCGAACACACAUGGUGGCUCUGCACCCUCGCCUGCGGCCCAUGCACCUCGGCAGUCCAAGUAUCGUCACAGAAGGCAAGAGCACAGGCAGAGUGGGGCGGCGGAGUCGCAGGUGGAGCUGGUGGGAACGGUGACGCACGUGGUGGCGCAGAGCGAGAGCAGUGGGUGGAUGGUACUGAAGCUCGACGUCUCUCAUAUGCUCACAGCCCCCGCCCAGCCGCGAGCGGCGCCGGUGGAGCGCGGCAACGGCGCAGGUGCAGGAGGCGAGGGGGCAGCAGCACACAAGGCCGGGGAGGGCGGGGCUGCUUUGCGCGUGGAAGAUGGCGAGAGUGUGGAGGGGGGCACUGAGGCAGCAAGAGCAGCAGCGUUGGCCGGGCAGGGAGGGGGGGAGGGGCUGAGUGCGGAGGAGAGGAGAACCCUGCAGGAUCACAUGCGCAGUGGGCAGGUGGCCGUGGUGGGCACAUUGGGGAGCGUAAAACCAGGGCAGAGGCUGCGAGUGGUGGGGCGGUGGGUUAGCAGCAAGUAUGGUCCUCAGCUACAGGCGAGGGAGGCACACUCAGUACUGCCAACGCAUUCAGACGACAUUGAAAUCUAUCUAGCGGAGCUUCUCCCGGGGGUGGGGCCCAAGACAGCAGCAGCCCUGCGCGACCGCUUUGGUGCCGAUAUCUUCACCACCCUCGACAGCCGCAACGCUGCCGUCGCUCUCCAAGACGUGCCCGGCAUUGGGAAGCUGACAGCGCAGCGCAUCAAGGCGGCAUGGGAUGAGGACAGAACCAGGCGGGAAGGUCUUAACCGAUUGGUGCAGCUCGGCAUUCCCACAGAGGCUGCUGUCAACCUCCUGAAGCAGCACCCCCUGGACGCCCUGGCAGUGUUGCAGGAUGACCCCUGGGCAGCACUGCAGGCCGUGGCAGGCCUCUCCUUCCCCCUUAUUGACUCUGUGGCGCGCGCGCUGCACUGCUCCCCCUCGCACCCCUCGCGCCCCUGCGCUCUGCUGCAGGCAUGCCUGGUGGACCUGUGCCCCCACGGCUGCCAUGUCUUUGCCCCCUGGCCGCUCCUGCUGCGCCACGCCAACAGCCUGCUCGCAUCCUGCCAUGAGCAAGGGGCAUGGGACAGCAGCGGUCCAGAGACCGAGGGAGGGCAGCAGCAGGAGGAGGAGGAGCAGGAGUGGAGUGUGCCGAUGGAUGAGGGGCGGUUGGAGGGGGCGCUGUGGGAGCUGGAGAGGAGGGGCGUGGUGGUGGUGGAGCGAGGGGGCGAUGAUGAGACCCGUGGGCGGGCCGGGGCGGUUGAAAGGCAUGCUGGCAGCAGCUCUGGGUGGAGCGAGGGGAGUGGGUGGAGUAGUGGGAGUGGGUGGAGUAGUGGGAGUGAUGGCAGUGGGAGUGAGGGAAGCGGAGAGGGUAAGUGGGAUGGAGAGGGGGGGGAGCAGCGGAGUGCAGAGGGUGGAAGGCAGGCAUUGGGACGACAUGACCGAUGCUACCUUGCAUGGAUGUGGCAGGCAGAGAGGGAGGUGGCGCAGCAGAUGGCGGUGAGGGCGAGUCGGGGCGUGCAUGGGGCGGAGCAGCUGCAGGAUGUGCGCAGGUGGGUGGCGGACGAGGAGGGGCACGCGGCGCAGCACCUCACAGCGGAGCAGUGUGCGGCGGUGGAGGCAGCGGCGCUGGCGCAUGUCAUGGUGCUCACGGGGGGCCCUGGCUGCGGCAAGACGUACACCACUCGCCUCAUCACACGCCUCUGGACUGCCCAAGGCAAACAGGUGCUGCUGUGCGCCCCUACGGGGCGAGCAGCGCAGCGGUUGGAGGAGGCGACAGGGCAGAAGGCGAACACCAUUCACAAGCUGCUCAGGUACUCCUCCAACGCCGCAGACCAGCACGCCGAUGCUGCUGCUGCUGCUGCUGCCAUGGGGGGCGCAGGUGUGGGCAGGGUGGGCGGUGGCGUGGUGGGUGCGGUGUGCGAUGAUUCACUGGGCAAUGACUUGCCGCUGUUCUACCACAACAAGGACAACCCCCUCAAGGCGGACGCCAUAAUAGUGGACGAGGCGUCCAUGCUGGACCUGCCGUUGGUGGCGGCCCUGCUGGCAGCGUGCCGGGCGGAGUGCCAGAUACUGUUCGUGGGGGACAAGGACCAGCUGCCACCUGUGGGGCCCGGCCACUUCCUCUCCGAUAUCAUCCAGUGUGGGGUGGUGAAGGUGCACCGCCUGUCGCAGAUAUUCCGCCAGGCGCAGCAGUCGCACAUAGUGCUGCACUCGCACGCCAUCCUCAACGGCACCCGCCCCGCCUUCCACGCGCCCUGGCCUCGCUCCGCCUCCGCUGCCAUCUCCUCUGCCCUCUCCUCCUCCCCGCCUCCCGCUCCCACCACCACCACAACCGCUGCUGCCGCUGCCUCUCUUCCCUCGCCCCCACCUGCCACUCCCCCUGCUGUGCCUAGAGUGGCAGGGGACCAGUGGUGGGAAAACCUCAAGUCCGACUGUGUGCUCUUGCAUGCUCGCACGCACGGGGAGAUGGAGGCGGUGCUGGCGCAUCUGCUGACGCACGUGGUGCCGCAGCUGUCCGAGUCACCACGCGACCAAGUCCAGCUGCUGGCGCCCGUGCAGCGAGGGGAGUUCGGCGUCCGCCAGCUCAAUGGGCGCCUGCAGCAGCUGUUGAACCCGGCAUGCAGCAGCAAGAGGGAGCACCGCGUGGGGCCAGACACCGUGUUCCGAGAAGGAGAUAGGGUCAUCCAGCUGCGCAAUGACUACACAUUGGACGUGAGCAACGGCGAUCUGGGGGUGAUCAGCAAGAUUGUGCACGGCGAGAAGAAGGUGGAGGUGCACGUGGACAUGCUGUCCGCCAGCAUUGACGACCCGCAGCGAGUCAUCUACACCAACGACCAUCUCACCCACCUCACUCAAGCAUGGGCCAUCACAGUGCACAAGGCACAGGGUAGUGAGUACCCCAUUGUCGUUCUGCCGCUCUCCUCCGAUUAUGGCUCCUUCUUCAGUCGCCGUCUCUUCUACACGGCGCUGACGCGCGCCCGCAAGUACGCGUUCCUGGUGGGGCGCGAGGAGGAGGCGGUAGCGGCGCUGCACCGCAUGUACAAGGACCGCCGCCACACGCGCCUGCUGCCGCGCCUGCUCGAGUACUGGCACUACUGCACUGGCGGCGCCCCCGGGCAAGGCUCCGUGUGAGAUAGGAGUCUAGUUUUGAGGCGCCUCAAAAUUACACCACUGCACUGGCAGCGCCACCCGGCUAGGCUCCGUGUGAGUGCCAUGCCGUGCUGCGCUGCGCUGUACUGGGCCCUGGUGCACCAGCAAUUGUGCUGGCUGGCCAGUGGCCGCGCUGUGCGAACAUGCCUGGUGAUCUGUGCGGCCUGACAUGCAUACAGGAAUUUCUCCUGCAAUGUCUGAAGCAGGGGCCGCAACGUUAGUCAAAGUUUAUGCUUGCCUCACCAGCGCCUGGCUGUGGCAAGGGUAGCGUUAGGUCCAAAUGUAGAAUAGCAUGCCAUGAGCAUUAUAAUGGUGUAGGGAGGGGGGGCUCUAUUGCACUAACCGGUUGAGAAGGUAUGAUUUAUUCAUUUACUAUACAAGGGUGUAAUUUUUCUGAGUAACGGAAUAAUCUAGAACCAGAGAUGCAGGGUGGUUUUUGUCAAACAUCUGUAUUUGUCAUGUUUGUAUAGACUGUA